UGCUAAAUCACUGGCAGGGCAAAGAGAAGGGCCAACAGAUACCAGCAAACUUGUGUGAGAUAAGAACCAGCUCAAAAGUGCCCAGCUCCAUUUGCAAGCUCCAGCCACCUUCACCUCCUCGCUCCUGCCUGUACCCCUGCAGAGGGAUGGGAUUGCUCCUGAAGAUUUUCAUCCCUUUGUUGGGAGCAGCACUGGCCUUUUAUUUUUAUUCAGCACCUGAGAACUUCGAUGAAGAGAUGCUGCGGGGCAAGCGGGUGAUCGUGACGGGAGCCAGCAGCGGCAUCGGGGAGCAGAUGGCUUAUCACCUGGCACGGAUGGAGGCCCACCUGCUGCUCACAGCACGCACAGAGGCCAAGCUGCAGAAAGUCGUGGAGAGGUGCCUGGAGCUCGGCGCUGCCUCCGCCCGCUACAUCAGCGGCUCCAUGGAUAGCCCCAGCCUGCCCCAGCAGCUGCUCAGGGAGGCUGAGAACACCUGGGGUGGCCUGGACAUGCUCAUCCUGAACCACAUCGGCCAGAGCGGCUUCACCUUCUUCAGUGGGGACGUGGAGCACGUCCGAAAGCUGAUGGAGACCAACUUUGUGAGCUACGUGGCCUUGGCCACGGCUGCCCUGCCCAUGCUGAAGGAGAGCGAGGGCAGCAUCGUGGUGGUUUCAUCCAUUGCAGGUAGGAUUGCUGGCCCUUUCACUGCUCCCUAUUCCGCAACCAAGUUCGCCUUAGAGGGAUUUUUCAGCUCCUUGAGGCAGGAAUUCAUCAUAGACAAGGUGAACGUUUCCAUCACCCUCUGCAUCCUGGGCUACAUCAACACAGAGAGCGCCGUGCGCGCCGUGUCCCACGUCAUCCCCGACACGCCGGCCCCCAAGGAGGAGUGUGCCCUGGAGAUCAUCCGGGCGGGAGCCCUGCGCCACAGGGAGCUGCACUACCCGGCCAGGGCCGUGGGCACCAUGCUGCUCACCCACAGCAUCGCCCCCGAGCUCCUCGAGUCCAUCGUGCGCAGCAACUACCGCCUGGAAAACGUCAGGAGAACGUAGUCCCGAGCUGUGAGGGACACCUGGGCCCAGCAGGAUGGGUCUGGGUGGUCACCCAGCUGCCUGGGGGUCCCUUUGCAUCGCUGGGGCAUCCCUGUGCUGGCACAGGACACUCCAGGGUCUGUAAGGCAGCACAGAAAUGUCCUUUCUAGUAAUGGGCUCCUGUAAAGGGCUUUUUCCAAUCGGGGGCACUUCAGAGAAGUCCUGCAGCAGCAUCUGCUGCCAGUGUCCUGCUCACCAGCAGGAUUCCUGCUCACCCUGCAGAAACUGUUCCCUCUGGAAAGUCACUGGGGCAGCUGAGCUGAGCCCUGGCCCAGAACCAGGGCUUGGGCCAAGCAGCACAAACCACCCAAAGCCACGAGAGUCUCUGGACCUGGAGAUUUUCUGUCACACAUCCCUUCCAUGCCGGUCUUUGUAAAAAUAAAUCCAAUGUUACUUUGA